AUGGCAUCUCCGGGAUCGACUGGCGCCUUGGUGUCCCCCGCGGCUGAUGCGAAGCAGACCGCCCAACCAGCGGAAGCCAGCAGGAUCCGGUUCUCCGCUGAAGAGGAAAGGACACUUCUAGACGAGUCAGCACAGAAGAAGACCAAUGCCAACGAGUUGUUCAACUCCGGUGACCAUGAUGCCGCCCUCGCUCAGUACGAAGAGGCGCUAUCCUCUUGUCCCGAUUACAGACACUUUGAGCGUGCCGUCAUUCACAGCAACAUUUCGGCGUGCCAACUGAAACUCAAGGAGUGGGCUGCUGCUGUCAAAGCGGCGACAGCAUCGCUAGAUUCCCUUGUGGCAAUGGAGCGUGAACUUGGUCUAAUUCCCGAGGCCAAGCCUGAGUCCGCAAAGGGCAAAGAGAAGAACGGGGCGACCAAGGGCGAGGAACGCGAUAGCCAAAGCAAACCAAAGACGCAAGCCGAGGACGGCGAGCUGGCCAGCCCAGAUCUGGAAGAUCCUCCCUUCACGCCUGCGGAUGUGCCAGAGGCCACUAAGAGCGACAUCAAACGCAUACGCAUCAAAGCGCUCCUGCGACGGGGUCGAGCACGGUCAGAAGCCGGCGGCUGGUCCAACCUGUCCGGCGCGGAGGAGGACUACAGGACGCUCUCUCAAAUCCCCGGCGUCACGGCAGCCGACGCCAAAACGGUUCGCCUGCAGCUCGCGACGCUGCCGCCCAAGACCAAGGCCGCGCAGGAAAAGGAAAUGUCGGAGAUGUGGGGGAAGCUACGCACGCUCGGGGACGGUAUACUAAAGCCGUUUGGCCUGAGCACGAACAACUUUCAAAUGGUCAAGGAUGAGGCGACAGGUGGCUACAGCAUGAACUUUCAGGGCAACCAAGGGUCGUCAUGA